AUGCAAUCAAUGGAAGCUGACACCAGUGGAAACUCUUCUCCAACCCAACCAAAAUGGAAAAAAGUAGCACAUGGAGGAAUGCAACCUGGAUUUGAUGAUAAUCACACUGACGAGUCCUUCCUUGCAGGUAUGGUUAUGAAUGCCAAUGUUGUCAAAAGAGACAUGCUUAAGGUGAUGCUGGACUCCAUUUCCAUAUCCCAAUACCUUUGCAUUGUCACCCUUGUUGUCUUGGUGUGGACAUAUACACUUGGGUCAACCAUUAAUGAAAAUUCACUCUUGCUCCUUGACAUAAGCCUUCUUGGAUUGGGUUUCUUUGUUCUACUCUUAACUGCAGAAAUGCUUUCCUUAAAUCUUCUUCUGUGUUAUGUUCUGAAUAUCUCAUUUUUUAUAGCUGGGUUAUACCUUCUGUCUCCUAUCUACCACACACUUACUCAGUCCAUAAGUUCAGAUUCCAUAUGGGCACUUACUACUACACUAAUCAUCCUCCAUCUUUUCCUGCAUGACUACUCUGGAUCCAUGGUAAGGGCUCCUGGGACUCCAGAACCAACUUUUACCGGCAAUAUCUCUUUAAAUGCUUCUAUCAUGGCCUCUCUUUUAAUUGCUUCUCGCCUUCCAUCCAGGCUUCACGUUUUCGCUAUUAUCCUAUUCUCCUUGCAAGUUUUCCUCUUUUCUCCUCUAGUGACUUACUAUAUUAAGAAAUACUCUUUCCGGCUGCACCUUUUCUUCUCAUUUGGGUUGAUGGCUGUUACAUUGGCGUUUGCGUAUAGGUUGCACAGAUUACUUUUCGUGUUAUUAUUCAGUUUGUUUAUUUUUGUCAAUAUGGUGUGUCCUUAUUGGCUUAUAAGGAUUCAGGAGUACAAGUUUGAGAUCAAUGGUCCUUGGGAUGAGGCAAAGUUGUGUUUCAAUAUAACAGAGUAAAGAAAUAUCUUUAUCCCUUCCUAA